AAUGAUAAUCCGACUCCGUCCACCGUCCCAAAAAAGCCUGCAACGACUUUUCUCUACCACGUGCCACGUGGACUCGGCGAGCACCAGCAUGGUUUUCGACCGGCAAAUGAAGCGAGGCCAACGUGAUUGGGCAGUCAGGCAGCCGGAUUUCAAGGCGGCUCAAUAUUUGAAGGAAGAAAUCGGAUGGCGUGUCGCUGAUAAGGUGUUCGAUUUGACGAAAUUCAACCCGCUGGUAUUGGAUAUCGGAUGUGGUGUCGGACAUAUCGCUCCGCACUUGAUUAAGGAAAAUGUGGGCAAAAUUAUUCAGGUAGAUAUGAGCGGCGGAAUGGCCCAAUCCAGUGCAAAAUGCGAGGAUCCCGAAGUGAUAGUAGAACGUCGUACCGUCGACGAGGAGACCCUUGAUGGCUUCCAUGAGAACCAAUUCGACCUACUUCUCACCUCAAUGUCCGCUCAUUGGAUCAACCACCUACCUCAAUGGAUGCGAAAAUGUCAUGAUAUCGUGAAGCCUGAUUGCCCAUUCAUCGGCUCAAUGCUCGCCGAGGACACGCUCUACGAGCUCCGAUGCUCUCUGCAGCUCGCCGAGCUGGAACGCAUCGGCGGAGUUUCUUCGCAUAUCUCGCCGUUUGUUAAGACGCAGGAUAUUGGAGGACUUUUGUCGUCGGCGGGUUUUGAUAUGAUUACUCUUGAUUCGGAUGAGAUUCAAGUUGGAUAUCCGAAUAUGUUUGCGUUGAUGUAUGAUCUUCAGUUGAUGGGAGAAUCACAUUGUACACAUCGGAGAAAUCCGACGAUUCGGAGGGAUGUUCUCGUGGCGGCUGAGGCUAUUUAUCAGUCAAUGUACUCAUCCGACGGAAAAUACCCGGCCACAUUCAAAAUCGUGUCAUUUAUCGGCUGGAAGCCUGGCCCGAAUAUGCCAAAAGCAGCGAAACGUGGAUCGCAGACAGUUUCUCUGAAAGAUAUCGGAAAAAUCGUCGAGGAUCCGGAGAUGAUGAGGAAAAUGAGCGAAAAGGAUGGAGUGGAUAAGAAGAAAUAGCUUUUUUUUUGUUGUGUAGAUUUGUUUUAAAUUGAUUUUAAAUAAUUUGCAUUUGAACAUUUUUGUUAAUUUCUAGUUUUUUUUUUCAAUAAAUAACUCUGUUUUU